GCUAAGGGUACGCUUCUGUGAUUACUGAGUAUGACAGUUGACAAAAUAAGAGCAGUCGAGGGCGUGAGGCACGGCGGCUUCCCUCCUGUGUGUGCGCGGUGAGCGCCGAGCGGUGUGUGAGGGAGAUGGGGCCGCUACGCCUGCCGCCCCUGCCCACCACAGGGGAGCUACUCAGGCUGUACAAGCUGCGUGCACUCAAGCAGCUCAGUCAGAACUUUCUGUUGGAUCCCAAACUGUGUAGCAAGCUGGUGCGAGCCGCGGGUCGCCUGCGUGGGGCGCGGGUGUGUGAGGUUGGCCCCGGGCCCGGCAAUCUCACCAGGGCCAUCCUGCACCAGGGGGCUGCUAAGGUCACGGUGGUGGAGAAGGACGUCAGGUUCCUGCCCACACUGGAGGCCUUGCAGGAUGUGUCUGGGGGCUGCCUGGAUGUGUGUGUUGGGGACGUGUUGUCCUUCAACAUGGAGAAGAUCUUUGCCUCCCAGGACAGCCCUGCCUGCACAUGGGAGGACCCACCCCCUAGGGCACACAUAAUUGGUAACCUACCAUUCAGUGUGGCCACGCCACUUACCAUUGGCUGGCUGGAGGACAUCAGCUUACGCAGGAAUGCAUGGGUGGAGGGCCGCACCCGUCUUACUCUCACCUACCAGCUGGAGGUGGCUCAGCGCAUGGCAGCACCACCUGGCCACCACCAAAGGUCCCGUCUGUCCCUCAUGUGCCAAAAUUGGUGCCAUGUGAGGCACUGCUUCACCAUCCCCGGCCGGGCCUUUGUGCCACCGCCUGAUGUGGACGUGGGCGUGGUGCAGCUCACACCCCACGUGGCGCCACAUGUCCCGCUGCCCUUCCCUGUCGUGGAGAAGGUUGCGCGCUGCCUCUUCUCCUUUCGCCAGAAGUACUGCCAGCGUGGGCUGGGCACACUGUUCCCCAAGGGGGUGAGAGAUGCCCUGCUGGACAAACUGCUGAAGGUGGCCGAUGUGGAGCCCACCCUGCGGCCGUUCCAGAUCACCAUGAAAGAGUUUGCCCGGCUGUGCCACACUUACCAGGCAAUCCUGGACCAGCACCCCCACCUGGCUAAGUACAACUACCGUGACCCAGCCAGCGAUGACAUGAUUGACGACAUAGACAACAAUAUCCACACCUUGUCAGCCUUAACCUGACCUGUGUUACUGGGACACAUUGUGUGUGGUGAAAACACUGGCAGUGUUGCACUUGCUAGUUGCUGUGCAAAUUUUAUUAUAGUUGUAAAAAAAAAUCUUAAUUUUUUUAUUAUGAAGAAUAAUCACACAGCUCUAUUAUUAUUAUUAUUAUUAUUAUUAUUAUUAUUAUUAUUAUUAUUAUUAUUUAUUUUUAUAAAAAAAAAAAAUUAGGGAUGUGCUCCUACCCCUUACAAUGUAGGGGGACUCGAUAGGAAAACAGUGUUUUCAAGUAGAAAAGAUGAAAUAAGGUCUCUUACCACAAGAAAUGAAAUAUGCGUGUUACAUUAUGUAGGUGUGUGCAUUGCCUCACUCCACUGGAGAGCAGUGCUGCUAACAAUAUCUAGAUACCUAGAAGAUGUCCCCAGAAGCCAGUAGUUCUCUUAGCCAAGUGGAGAGGAAUUUUAUAAUAAAGGUGGUAACAUUUCACGUUGGCAGUGCAUUUAUUACGCAGGAUGUUGUGUGUAACAUAUUUCUAAGUUGAUGCAUGUAGAAGCUGAUGAAAGUAGAAAAAUGAGCUGCAUGACUCUUCUUAGUAGUUAUCAAGAAAUUGUCUAAGACUCUAUAAUAGAAAAUUCUUCAAGAAAUUAUAACAGUUGUUGCUUUUGAGAACAACACAGUGUACACUAUUGUGGAAAAAAGUUUUCAUGUACUUGUAUUACAAUGAACUAUUACUUCUGAU